AUUUUGCAGGGCUUAUCCUGGUGUUCAGAACAGACCUGAGGCCUUGGAACAUAAGACGAGCCCUGAAGUUGGGUCGGGGCAAAGGCCUAUGCAAUUUUCCAGGAUGCCUGUUUGGGCUUGAACUAGGACCGAUUCAGUGCUGUGGGUGCAGCUGUGCUUUGACAGGGGCCAGGCUCCUGCCACCGUUCCUGCCUCCCGCUUAGGGGUGUGUGUGUGUAACUGGUUCCCGAUGGCUUCUCAGGUGACCCCCAAGGACUCGUUCCAUUGUGUGGGGAUCAUCUUCUUCCUCCUUGGCCUGGGAACUCUCCUGCCCUGGAACUUCUUCAUCACGGCCAUACCGUAUUUUCAGUCUCGGCUCAUUGUGGGGAACUGCUCAGCUGGCAAGGAGGAGGAUGGGAACUGGACAGGCCUGGGACUUGAACCCUCAUCCCACUGCAGCGACGACUUUAACUUCAGCAACUGGCUGGCUCUUCUUUCCCAGCUGCCUCUGCUCCUCUUCACCCUUCUCAACUCCCUCCUCUACCAAUGCAUUCCGGACAAAGUGCGAAUCCUGAGCAGCCUGAUCGGGAUCCUGCUCCUCUUUGUGCUGACGGCCGUAUUGGUCAGGGUGGAGAUGCCGCCCCAGAGUUUCUUCUCCAUCACCAUGGCAAGCGUCUGGUUCAUUAACUCCUUCUGCGCCGUCUUGCAAGGCAGCCUCUUUGGGCAACUGGGAUCCUUCCCGCAAAGCUACAGCACUCUCUUCCUGAGCGGCCAAGGAAUGGCCGGGACCUUCGCAGCCACCGCCAUGUUGCUCUCCAUGGCCAGUGGCGUGGAUGCUCAGACCUCUGCUUUGAGCUAUUUUGUCACCCCCUGUGUUGGGACCCUGAUCUCGAUCAUCUGCUACAUCUUGCUGCCCCACAAGGAUUUCGCUCGCCACCACCUGCACAAGAAAGCCCAGGAAGAGCCAGGCUACGAGCUGGAGACCAAGGCGGGGCUUCUUUCCCCUGACGAUGGCCUUGGCGCCGUGCCGGGUGCUUCCCAAGGAGGAGAGCCACUGAGCUUGAGCAAUGGGAUUGCCAUCACCCUGGAGCAAGAAGACUCAAAAUGCCCCCCGGAGAUUAUGAACGGGAGCAGUGGGGCAGGCCUGCCUCCGCUGAAACCGUCAGUCCUAGGUGUGCUGAAGAAGAUUUGGCAGAUGGCCCUCUGCAUCGUCAUGGUCUUCUCCGUCACUCUGUCAGUGUUUCCAGCCAUCACUGCCAGCGUCGCCAGCACGUCAGAGAGUGAAACCUGGAGCAAGUUCUUCACUCCCGUCUGCUGUUUCCUUCUGUUCAACGUCAUGGACUGGCUGGGCCGCAGUGCUACCUCCUAUUUCCUCUGGCCAGAGAAGCACCUGCGCCUGCUCCCUGCGGUGGUGGGGCUCCGCCUGCUCCUCGUCCCACUCCUGCUUCUGUGCAACGUCCCCCAGCGGGAAUACCUGCCCAUGCUCUUCCGCCAGGAUGCCUGGUUCGUCCUCUUCAUGGUCGUCUUCUCGCUCUCCAAUGGCUACUUCGUCUCCCUCACCAUGUGCCUGGCACCAAAGCAGGUGCAACCACAUGAGAGUGAAUUGGCGGGAGCCAUCAUGACGUUUUUCCUGGCAUUGGGUCUCUCUUGUGGAGCUGGGCUGUCCUUCAUCCUCAAGGCCUUGCUCUGAUGUCCAGGACUUGGUGCACCUCGACAACAGCAAAGCAUCUGCCUUGAAGACUCGAGGAGAGGCUGGUUGCCCUUCUCUCUCUCCCAGGUGUGCCCUCUGUGUGGCAGCUAAUAUCCUUCUGGGUAUCAAAGUGGGCAUCUGCCACCAUCUUCCAACAAAGGGAACUGCUCUUUUUGGUUUUUCUUUCCUGUAUAUGCAUAAGUUCACGUUCGCUCAGCUACCCUUUUAAAUCCCCAGGAGCCUGAAUGUAUUUUUUUUUAAAGACUCUUGGACUUUUCUGAAAGAUUCCUGGAUUUUUACCAAGCCAAGGGAAGGCUGUGGUACGGAGGGGCCAUUUGCAAGCCCCCUUCCUACGUCCCUGCAGGUGGAGGAGCCACUUUGCCUCUCCCACUUGUGCCUGGCUGAGGACGCACAACAAAGGGGGAUUUUGCAAUAUCAUCACACAUAUUCUUGCUCUCCCUUUGCUUUCAACUUGAGGAAGUAUUGUUGCAUAACAAACAUUUGCUCUACGGAACAUCCUCCUGGAGGGUGACGGUAGGUAAGGAAGGGAGAAGUCCGUACCCAGUCCAUUAAUGGGGUUGGGGUUGUUGCUUUCAC